GCAAGUCAGAAGAGAACAGUUCAACCUGCUCAGUACGACAACAAACUUAAAUAACUUCAAUAUUGGCAAAAAAUUUCAUCAUAUUACAGUAUCACCCUACCCAUGACAUCAAACGGCACUGGUGAAAGAGUCAUGAGUAUGUGAAAUCGGCUCAGUAUCAGCUAGUGAUUGAAAGCGCUCAGAGAAUGGAAGUGGCAAGGAAGGUAUGAAGCGACCUUUGAGUCCAAAUCACGCCCUUGAAAAUGGCAGGAUGAACAUCCCUUUUACAAACUGCAUGGACCUCAAAGAACCACACAAUGGUCACAUGGAUGCCCAGAUUAACCAGGAGAAAAAGAAAUUGCUUUUCUCACUGUGUGAAGUUUGUAACAUUCAGCUGAACUCUGCAGCCCAAGCCCAGGUGCAUUACAAUGGGAAAUCUCACCUGAAACGGGUUAAACAGCUUAAUAACGGGACUCUUCCUCCUGCCACAAUCCCAAGCUCAUCAGCAACCAGCAGUAGUACAGGAAGUACAUGCCAUAGCACCACACUUCCUGCACUUGUGCGAACACCUUUGAUGAUGCAGUCCACAUUGGAUAUGAAACCUUUUAUGUCCUUUCCAGUGGAUACGACUUCUCCUGUUGGGCUCUUCCCCAAUUUCAAUACAAUGGAUCCUGUACAGAAAGCUGUAAUUAACCACACAUUUGGAGUGUCUAUUCCUCCAAAGAAAAAGCAAGUUAUUUCCUGCAACAUCUGCCAGCUCCGUUUUAAUUCAGACGUUCAUUCACAAAAUGGCACCCUGCAUUGGCUACACACUCCCUCCAAGGCUAAUUGGAUCUCCAAUCCUAGGAUCUCAUCCAGAGAUGAAAGAAACCAGUGUAUCAGCUAUAACAACACAACUAGUCUUAACCUUAUGGGGCUUCUUCAGCCUGAACCAUUGGCUGAUGUGGCUCCUUGCACCAGAGAACUUCAGCCUCUAAUCUCAAGGGAGUACUGGCUUCUUGGAGAGAGGAGCCAAGCCGAGGCACACUACAAAGGCAGUAAACAUGCCAAGAAGCUCAAAGCACAGGAGUCCACGAAAAAUAAGCAGAAAACUGUUUCUCCCAAGGACAACGCAAAGACAAUCACCACCUCCACCACUUCCACUGCAGUCACUGCCAACAACUCUGACAAACCAGAAAUAAAACUGGACUGUCUCAGCACUACUAAAGCUGCUCCACCUAAAACUUUCACUGCUGCUGUGCACACCCUGCCUACAUCUGUCUCUGAAUCAGCAAAAGGAACCAGUAUUUCAGAGACAGGGGCAAAUGGACCAGCAAUGAAUAAUGGCAGCGGGCCUGCACCAUCUACAGAAUCAGAAGAGGAGAAAGCCAAGAAGCUCCUUUACUGUUCCCUAUGCAAAGUGGCUGUAAACUCCUUGUCACAGCUGGAGGCUCACAACACAGGUUCAAAGCAUAAAACAAUGCUGGAAGCUCGAAAUGGAGCAGGCCCAAUUAAGGCAUAUCCCAGACCUGGAUCAAAACUCAAGGUCCAGACUGCAGUUGUCAAGGGGUCGGGUUUGCAAAACAAGACGUUCCAUUGUGAAAUAUGUGACGUCCAUGUCAACUCUGAAAUUCAGCUUAAACAGCACAUUUCCAGCAGGAGGCACAAGGACAGAGUAGCAGGCAAGCCCAUGAAACCCAAAUAUAGCCCCUACAAUAAACAACAACGCAACUCAACUGCUUUGGCAGCCAAACUUGCAUUCCAGAAGGACCUGGUUAAGCCGUUAUCUCCUGCUUUUAUUUCACCCCCAUUCUCACCAACAGCUGUGCCCUCUCUUUCUUUACACCCCCGACCCAAUACCUCAAUCUUUCAGACUCCUGCAUUACCACCCGCUCUCUUAAGGGCAGCACCAGGGCCAAUACGCCCAACAGCAGGAUCAAUCCUCUUUGCGCCGUAUUGACUCUUCAGCAUGACAUGACAUUGAAAGGCCAGUAGCAAAGGGAAUGUCAAGCUUGUACUGGUUUACAGACCCUUCCUCUGACCUAGUCAUGUUGUGUAGUGUACACAUCUGAACUUGUGUUCAACACAGCACCGUCCAAGUGGAUUGCUAUUGAAAUUUUUUAGACUUUGAACAAUGUAUUUAUAAAAUAGUUCAUCAUAAUCUUCCUGUUUCAUGAGCUAGUCAAAUGGAAAUGAUUUCUAGAGGUCUGGAUAUCCAAAUUAAAAUUGAAAAUAAAGAGCAUCAGACUGCUUCCUGAAUGACUUGAAAAUACCAUGGUCUUCCUAAUCACCUUAUGACAGACAACUCCAAUUCCAAAAGCACAGCAGUGUGGCUAACAUCCUAAGAAAAGGACAGUACACAAUUUUAACAAUGUCUUGAUGUUGUCAGGGACUGUAUAAUGCUGUUUUAGGCCUCUGUGCCCUUGUCUGUUGUGUAGUUUGAGAUGUAUCACAGCUAAUACAAACCUUUCUGCUUUUAUGUUUAGCCGCUUCAUUUGUUUUGACAUUACACGUUUCCUAUUGCAUUAAACUCUAAAAAAGGUUAGAUAGCCAUAUAUAUAAAAAACAACUCACAGCAGUCAUAUUUUCUGUCAGCCUCAUAAAAGAAUUAUUAGGUAGCGUUCUCACUGGGUUUGUUGUCGUAUGUUAAGUGUUUCUUUUCAAAAUAAAAUCCUAGAAUUGCACAUUUACCAUUUAAUCUUGCCUGUUAUCUGGCAGGGAAAUCAUGGGCCUUUCAUUUAUGUAGUUCUAAAAUAUCCUUCAUUUGUAAUGGUGCUGCAUUAUGUUGUGGCCCUUUGAUGCAAUAAUGUACAGAACAUUAGAUAUUUAUAUUUACUAUAGUGUUUUUAAUGUUUACUUAACAGGUUGCAGGUCUUAUAGAGGAGAAGCGAAUAAGUAGUGCACAGAUUACUUGUAUUUUUAGAAUCUGAAAAGCAAUCGGCACCAAGAGAAACAUUAAAGUUUUUGUUCAUUACAGUCUGUGAGUUAUUUGUUUAGUGUGUAGAACGUGUAUUACAGAAAAAUCUGUACAUUUAAAAUGUACCUUUUCAAUAAAAUAUUUAAAUUAACUAUUCUCAUACAAUAAAUUGACUUUUUAUUAAGAUUUAAAGAUCACAAGGAUAUAACAAUGUAUUAUAUUUUGAAUUUCAGUUUACAAAAAACAAACCUGCUGAAGAGUUUCAUAUGAAGCAUGUUUACUUUUCUGAAUUGCCAUCUUUGAAUCAAUAACUGGAUGCUUUCAUUUAUGAAUUAUGUACAGUAUUUAUUUUCUGGGUAUUUGCCAUUUUGUCAUGGCUACAAAAUAGGCAAAAUAUAUUAAAGCAAAUUUUUAUAAAACAUUAUACUGAUGUUUCCAAACAGGAGCUAUUUGAAGCCAGUUUACUUGGAGCUCCCUUAAUCAUUUUUUUAUAUCUGUAUCUUUUAAUAUGUGCCUGCUGUUACCUUUUCUUUUAUGUGAAGUAAUGUAUCAAUGUAAACCUGAGUGUACCAUUUCAGCAUCACUGUAUUUAAGAGAACAUUAUUUUCAACAUUAUUCCAUGGCAUUUCUAAUUUCUUUCUGUAAAGGUACAUAUUUAUUCUUCUUUGGUAAAUAUUGAUAAUAACAACAGCUUAUCACAUCACUGAAUGUCAAUAGAAAGACAUACUUCUAAUGUAAAAAGUUUACCCUUUAAACAAAAAUUCUGAAUACUGUGAAAGCAGAUAUAAAAAUAUAAGAGUGAAAAUAUAUGUAAAAAAAUAUUAGAUAAUCCUUCUUUAUAGUCAAAUCAUAACCUGAAUGUUUUGUCAGAAAAAAGAAAACAUGUUUACAUGUAACUGUCUUUAAGUUAUAAGAUGUUUGCUUUUAAAGGAAGUAUAUAAUAAAGAUAUUUAACGAUUAUUAUUAAAAAUAAGGGCAUUAAGGGUGUGAAGAGCAAUCUUAAGUUAUUGCUGGAAUUCACUAUCUGUAACACCCUUAAUUACAUAAAAAACAUGUCAUGGAAAAGGUGAUCUUUGCCAGUCUUAGUAUCAAAUUAUUGUAUUGUGACGGCAUAAUAAAUAAGGAGCAUAGGAAAUGAAAUAUCCUAAUGGGAGCCUACUCUAUAAUGUUUGGAUUUGAUAGCAUGUUUUAGAAAAAUAAAGACUAGAUAUUCUUACCUAGUGGUAAUACCUUUAGUGGUCAUUUAUUCUAAAAUACUGAAGAUUACCCUUUCCAUGUAUGUAUUUUCUUAUUACUUUGAAAGGACUAGAUGAAGUUGUUUCUAUCAUUUCUUCCUUGUUCCUUGCUGUCUAAAAAUGUCUCAAUAUUUUUGGUCUGACUGGAUGACUGAAAGUCAUAAUGUCACCUAAUUUUAGCUUGGAAAUUCAUCUUCUGGCUCAUUCAGUGACCUCACAAAAGGUGAAGACCAGUCUAGUCCAUUUAAUUUAAUAUUUUUUGUCACUUGGAUUCAUUCAUAUGCAUAGCAGUCAUUUUUUCAUUAAACAUUUUGAAAGGA